CCAUCUUGAUUAUAGUCUUACAAAUCUUAAGAAAAUAAAUAAAUAGAAUUGAAACUAGAAGCGCGUAACCAUCAAACGCUGAAAACUAGAGAGUGAGCAAAAGGUCGGUAGGUUCAUUGGUAACAUCACUAGACUAUGGAAGAGAGAGAGAGAACAUUGAGAGAAAGAAUCUAACCAAUCGAGAGAAACUCAAAGAGCUCACCAAACCCUAGAGAGAACUCUCUGUUGAAGACGGCGGACAUGACGUCAUCUGGCGUGAAGAAGCAGGUCACGAAGAAAACGUCCCCAUGUUGCAUGAAGAUGGGGAUGAAGAGAGGACCGUGGACGGCGGAGGAGGACGAGAUUCUUGUGAGCUUCAUCGAGAAAGAAGGCGAAGGAAGGUGGAGAUCGCUUCCCAAAAGAGCUGGCUUACUCCGAUGUGGGAAAAGCUGCCGUCUACGGUGGAUGAACUAUCUCCGGCCGACUGUAAAACGCGGUGGUAUCACUCUCGACGAGGAAGAUCUCAUCCUCCGCCUUCAUCGCCUCCUUGGCAACCGGUGGUCACUGAUCGCGGGAAGGAUACCGGGAAGGACUGAUAAUGAGAUCAAGAACUAUUGGAACACUCAUCUUCGUAAGAAACUCUUAAGCCAAGGCAUUGAUCCUCAAACCCACAAGCCUCUAGACGCAGAUCAUAAACCCGGAGAAGAAGUUUCCGCUGGACAAAAUCUACUAGAGCCUAACUCUAGUUCUCACACUGAUGUUACCACCGUUAGUAGCGGAAAUGGAGCUAGCAAGAUAAGUUUCAGCUUCUUGGUAUGGAUCAGAUUCUUCUUUGGUGGUGAAGACGACGAAGACUUUGGUUUCUGUUACGAUGAUAAGUUUUCUUCGUUUCUAAAUGCGCUUAUCAAUGAUGAUCCUGUUGAUAGUAAUAUCCCAAUAUCACAGCCGUUUCGGAUGCAAGAUUGUACUGAUGAGAUUGUUGGAACGUCGUCGAGCUUAGAACAUGGCCAGAGCUUAGAAGAUAUAUGAUUGGAUCGAUCGUGAUAUCUUCUAUAUCUACCAUGCUUCGAGAAGU